AUGAUUUUGCCACAUGUGGCCUUACGCUCUCUUCAAGCACUUGCUGCAUCUGUUCAAUGCCCGAUUGUUCUAGACGGACGUAUACCGCAGAACUUCACCCUCGAAACCUUCGACACAAACGCAAGCCCAUACAAUCCCGGCUUCACUAAAGGUGAGGAUCCAUGGUCCAAGAUCAUCUUGUUCCCUAGCGUCCCAACCAUAUCACGCUUCGAUGCUUCCAACGUCACGGGCAACUUCAAGUCAUUGGAGGUGACGAUCAAUGACCGAUCCAUUUUCAACCCGCCCCCAGGAAAGAACCCCCAACUCGGCUUCCGCCGUGCUGGUCUUCUGCUUGGCAAUGGAUCAGACGCGUCGAACCAGGGGGUAAUGACCUUCCACUGGAGCUCAAUGCAAGACUCGUCUCGCAAGCUGAAUCUUACGCACGAGUACCUAACUGCGUUCCAUGAGACAAACGACUCAGGGGGCGCACAGUUUGCGCUGCAGCUAGGGCUGCCGCUGGGUCAAAAUGGAACAGAGCCACCUGCAAGUAAUUGGAAGAUGAUGGAUCGGAACAAUAGUGUCGUCUUCACAACUCCCCUGAAGUUUGACGUGUGGCAGAACUUCGCUGUCACCCUCAAUGUACCCCAAAAUACCAUGCAAGUAUUCUUCUCGGAAAACAACGAGCCUCUGAAGUCUGUGACCAAGGUCCUCCCAAACAACAACGCCGGUGGUGGCGCCUUGCAAAUUGGCAUGUUGAAAAAGCCCACCGAGACGAAGACAGUCGUAUUCGACGGAUUUCAAGAGGCCGGGUUGAACGAAGGGCAGAUACUGGGCGGCAUCUUUGUCGAGAACAGCGCCAAUGGCUGCGUGUCUCUGUGA